CCAGAGGACUUCGUUGAGGUAACUAAGGGCCUCACAGUGUUGCGUCAGAAGAAGGCCGAACGAGAAAUAAGAGCUCUGAUUGAAUCCAAAGCCGCAGCAGAGGACGAGUUUCACAAGGCAAUGAUGGCACAAGCCGAAGCGACCGGGCGUAAGAACGAGGGAACUCUUAGUCAAAUGCUCGUCGAAGCCUUUGAGAAUUUUCCUAAGCUCAAAGCCAUACGCUUCUACCAAGCGACGAUGUCUCCAACCUCUACGAGGACAUACAAAAAGUCUUCUCAGGUUGCAUAUGCGUCCUGUUGCUUUCAGCAAAUCCUGACAGCAAUUGUAAAAAGUGGUCUCACACUCGAGAAGCUCAAAACAGUCACCAAGCCUUAGGUCCAUGGAUUUUCUCGAUCAGGAGCCAUCGUCCCUCAUGACGCUUUCGAUAUCGACCCGCCGGUGUUACGAGGUUUGGAACAAUCAUUUGUAUGCCUCCGCUCCCUCGAAUUGUGGAUCAGCGGUUCAUACCAUGGUCGUUCGAGGCUUCCUGGCUGGGAGCAUGGGAUCUCUCGGUUCCUUUCCGCAGCUACAGUCCUGGAGUCUCUCGUUCUCCAUCUCGACGCCAUCGGCUAUGGCUCCAGAUACUGCAUCGCUAUUGUCAAGAACCCAAUUUGACGAAGAGGACGUCGCGGCUCUAGUCAUCAGACACAAAAAUACUCUUCGCACACUCCACUUCGAAUACUCACGAAUGCACUACGGUACCUGGCGCUCGCUUUUUGAGACCAUCCGAGAUUCGUUGCAACUUGAAGUCUUGCACUUGGAAUACCCAAUACAAGGCGACGAGAGGAUCACGUUUCCCUUCGCGGACAUUUGGUGUCAUCAUAUCAAUGUGAACGACCAGGACGACGACGAGAGUCGGACAAUGCCCGAGAUGCUCACAGAGCUCAUUGAAGUCCUGGAGGUGGGCUUUGAACGAGACGCGGACCCGAAUACUGAUACCGCAUAUGACAGCGAUGACCCUGGAGCCAGUUCUGCCGCUUGGGAGAGAAUGCGUAGUGGUGGCAAUAGUGAUGACGGUAACUUGGAUAGUAUUUUCAACGAAUGGGAAGAUGGAGACGAGUGA